AUGGCUAAGAAGUUCGCUGCUUGUUUUGGACUUGGUUCAGAUCCCCCAUCAACCUCUCCUGAAAAUCAACAACACAAAAUCGAUUUCUUCGAAGGAGAGAACUACGAACUCAUUUUGAGACGUCUAGAUGAAGGGCGUAAAAUGAUAACAGAUUUUAUUGAACAAAUGCGAAACGACCGCGAGAUCUUCGAAAGUCAAGAUGAGUUGAACAGAAGAUCAGCUAAACAUUGGAAAGACAAAUUGGAUGAAGCAUCGAAAAUCGUCUCGUACGGAACGAACAAAACUAUUCUUUAUCGAUUGGCGGAAUCAAGAGAAUCAACUGUUCCCGUGUGGAAAAAUGUUUCAAAUCAAGCUGAAGAAGUGAUCACAGAAUGUGAAAAGAGACGAGACGAAACCUAUCGAGCAAAGAGACUCGGACACGGUUUUGAACAUCGGCAAACGAGACGAAUACGAAAAUUAUUUGAAAAUGCUCGAAAACCUGUUGACAACGCAAAUACAAAUUUACAAAAACUUCAUCGCCAACGAAUUCAUGCUAACCAAAGUCUUGCUGAUGCUCAACGAAAGUUUGAGGGAAUCAAAGCAAAUCAUUUUGCCACUGAGGUCGAAAAGCAAAAUGCCACAUCUCAUCGAGUACGAAAACAAUCCAACGUCAAUGCUCUCAAUCAACAAAUCAAUGCAGCAGAAGAAGAGUUAAUAGAAACUAAACUUCGUUAUCGAGAAGAAGCAAUACAGAUCUUCAAAGAAUGUGAUCAAUUGGAAACAGAGCGACUCAAUUUCAUUCAACAAACGUUACUGAAAUUUCUCGAUGUUAUUCAUCCAUUGAGAUAUUUUCAUCAAUUGAGUGAAAUUUCUGAUCAACUGAGAUACGAUAUCCAAACCAAACAAAACAUUGAACACGAUUUACGGUAUUGGCAAAGAACAUAUCCUGGCUCCGCUGAUUCUUCACAGCCAUCGGAUGAAAUAUCUGUUUAA